CAGUUCUGUGAGAUGAUCAUUGGCUUCAUGGAAGACAAUGACAUCCUGAAUGAAGAAUUCCUCCCUUUUAUUCGGACUGAAAAGGGACAACAGUUGUACGAUGGUUACCUAAGGACAGUUCAGAAACAUUACCCGCAGUAUGUCGAGGAGCUGCGAGGAAUGGCGGAGGCUACAGGUGUCCCAUUCUCUAAGUUUUUUGCUGCUGCUUUGCGCCCCGAGUUAUCAUCAAUAAUUGACCUGGAUAGACAUGGUAACGAAGGCUGCACGGAUAUAUAUGUGAAAACAUCCAAACAGCUUCUACUUGGACACACUGAGGAUUUGAGCAGAUCCCAAGAAGGGCGGGUAUUCAUUCUUCACGCCACCAUAUCCUCGCAAACAGACGGACAGACUGACAACGCACAGGUACAGGAAAGAUUCACGGCCAUCACAUGUGCAGGUAUGUUGCCAGGGAAUACUUUCGGUUUAUUGCCUGACUGCGGGUUGAUUUACACAAUCAAUGAUCUGUAUCCGGUUGUUGUGGACAUGGAGAAAAUACCCCGCCAAGUGGUGAACCGAGCAAUGCUAGCCUCUGAAGAUUUCAGUGACAUGCAGCAGAGGUGUGCUUGUCCUGGGGUUGGCAUCGCUAACGGUUUCUGUGCUAAUAUUGGUAAUCUUAGCCAAGAACCAGAGCUGUGGACCAUCGAGGUAGCUCCAGUGCCGGAAGAACCUAGGUCAAGAUUAGAGAAACGGCAAUUCCAGCCGGCCUCCUCGGCGUCUGCUGAUGUCUUUGUGCACGUUAACAGAUACGAGCUGUUGGAAGUCGAAGAGAUUCCUGAGAGGUUGAAAUCCUCCGCACAAAGAUGUAAAAGAAUAUCAGAGUUACCUGCCCCUGCUGAUAUCCCCGGCCUUCAGCAUAUCCUUGGGGAUGAGCAGGGAGAACACUUUCCCAUUUUCAACCACAACAUGAAAAGUGAUGUGGAGACGUUGUUCGCUGUUAUUGUUGAUCUGACAAAGGCUUUGGUGUAUGUCUACUCGAAGAACCCCAAACUGGGGCCGUCCAACAUUCUGCCGAUCUCGUGACCAAGCCCUUUCCGUUUAUCUCAUUUAAAACUGAAUGUCUUGUUCUUUGUCCUUCUAACAAGUGACUCUGGUCUCUAUGCAAUCGGGAUAUUGAUGGUAUGUAAGUGAUCAUGUAAUCGUACUGUUCUAAGAAGCAUUUCCACAAAAAUAUUAAACCGAAGAAUUAGAGCCGAUAUUCUCUAUUCAGUUUACUACAAAGUACAUGUAUACAUGUAACUAUCCUCUACUAUCCACGGUGGUACUUUUUCGGUGUUCAGUAUCAAAUAAAUGAGAGCAUAUGUCAAUAAAAAAAUGACA